UCAUUGUGUCUGUGUCAUUAUUUUUGUCUGUUUUGGAGUUUUUAUAAUUUUACUUUUACUAGAAAGUAACAAUUAUAAAAUUAAGUUAAAAUAUUUACAUAAGUCAUGGUUGACGAUUUGAGAAAAUAUUUAAAUCAUUUACUUGAAAAAGUGAAUGGACUACAUUGCAUAUUAAUCACAGAUCGGGAUGGAGUCCCAGUGGUACGAGCAGUCACAGAAAAGGCACCUCAGUUAGCUUUACGACCGAAUUUUAUAUCAACUUUCGGCAUGGCUACUGAUCAAGCCAGUAAACUAGGCCUAGGAAGGAACAAAACAAUAAUUUCAAUGUAUUCAACAUAUCAGGUCAUUCAAAUGAGCAAAUUACCUUUAGUAAUAACAUUUAUUGGAAGUGACAACUGUAAUACGGGACAUAUAUUAGCGUUGGAACACCAAAUUGAACCAUUUUUGAAAGAUUUAGGAACUAUAGUUGCCGAUGCACCAUGAUACAGCUAUGUGCCUAGUUUUAAGUUAUUAUUAUAUUAUCUAUAAAGUAAUCUAUAAACUAAUUGUAUAUCUUAUUAUAAAGUAAAUUUAUGUUAUUAUAAAGUUAAAA